UGCACACGCGCGUCAGGUUUAUGCGUGGUUAUUGCACGUUUUGUUGCAUUAUGUGUCGCGUCGCGGCUGGAGACGCGAGGCCUCGGAGUGGCCGCCGGGCCCUGGGCCUAACGCAGGCCGCAAUCGGGCCUGAAGCGCUGGGGGUUGGGUUAUUGUUUAUAAAUGCCCCUGCAUGCACGCGACACCAAACGCCCCUUUGUUUUUAAAGCAAAGCUCGCGCGUAUGCACGCGUGGGACUCAAACGCGCGAUGUGUUAUGACUCAAAAUGGCGCGCGCAGGGCAGGCAGGUUUUGUUUUCAGUGGAAGGGGGGAAAUUAUGGUCACAAGGCGCCAUGAUUAUGUCCGGUUUCAGCUGCUGAAAUACGAGGAAACCUUCAGCGCGCGGGGGGUGGGAAGCUUCGGCGCGCGCUGCUGCACUCAUUCUUCUCAAAUGCAUGAAGCGUUUAAUGCAUUUUGUGUUGCGUUUAACCCAACCUGUCAUUUUAUUAAAUGCACAAACGUUUAUUGGUGCUCAUGUUUAAUUUCCAGUCGCUCUUCUUGUCGCAGUCAUUUGCAAAUUAAAGGGACAUGCACGUCCGUCAAUAAUCUGAUAAUGUUUAUUAGUGUCAUAUUCAUACGCGUGUCUGUCUGUCUCCGUGUUUAUUUAUUUGUCUGUCUGUCUGUUCGAACCUAUUGCAUGUUUACAUUAUGGCAGCUAGUUCUUGAAGCCUGUCACAUUGUAUGAUCCUCCCAGCUCUUCUGCUAUAAAGACUUCAUUCUGUGUUUACUUUUGAUUUUAGAGUAAUUCUGCUAUAAGUGAUUAAGUCUUUUAUUCUCUUUUUGUCAUAAAUGGUCUCUUUCAGACAUUCUUGAUGAAUUGUGUGUGUUGUGUUAGUUGUGCCGUGGCCAAUGAAGAAUAAAGACGAUGGAUGAGGAGGUGACAAGGCUUGCUCUGCGUUCCCAAGAGCCAAAGAUUAUACUGCAUGGCUCAGAUGAGGGCGGUGCUGGGGAGGAGGAGGAGUACGUGGUGGAGCUGCAGGAGACGGUGCUGGUGUCAGAGGUGGAGGGCGAGGCCGCGUCUGUCCAGGGCUUCUCCUCCGACGAGCUCGUCAUCCAGGACGCCGUGGAGGAUGUGGUCGCCGAGUACGUGCACUGCGAUGACGACGAGGGCGUUGCCGUGGAGACCUGUGUGAUGUCACUGGAGGGUGAGGAGGAAGAGGAGGACGGCGUUGCCAUGGCAGAGAUGACGGAGGAUGUUCUGGUGACGGAGGGCAGGGACCCUGAGCACGACUCGGACGGCUGCGGAGAUUACCUCAUGAUCUCCUUGGACGAGGCGGGUAAGAUGGUGUCUGGAGACGGAGAGGAGGUGACCGUCGAGGGGGCGAUAGAUGACCAGGAGGUGGAGAAGGAUGAGGACGGACAGGAAGUCAUUAAAGUUUACAUCUUUAAAGCAGACUCUGGAGAAGACGACCUCGGAGAGACGGUGGAUCUCGGUGAGAACGAGGCGGUGGCUCUGGCUGAGCCUGUGGUUCGUCCGCUGAGAGAGAAGAUGGUCUACAUGUCUGUGGGAGACGCUCAUCACACACAGACUGAUGGAGGGUCUAAGCUCUCGGACGAGGUGUACAUGGAGGUGGUGGUGGGAGGAGAGGAGCCGGUUCCUCACGACAGACCGUAUGACAGCACUGCCCUCAGCAAGGACUUCAUGCCCGUCGCGUGGGCCGCUGCAUACGGAGCGGAUGAGGGCUGUGAGAACCGUAACGGAGCAGCGAGCGCAUUACUGCACAUUGACGAGUCGGAUGCACUGGACAAACUCAACCGGCAACACGGCAAGAACAAGAGACGAGCUGAACCCCGACAGGUCCAAACAGCGAUCAUCAUCGGUCCGUAUGGACAGCCUCUGACUGUCUACCCCUGCAUGCUGUGUGGCAAGAAAUUCAAAUCCCGCGGCUUCCUCAAGCGUCACACUCGCAACCACCACCAGGACGUGUUGAGUCGCAAAAAGUACCAGUGCACGGACUGUGACUUCACCACCAACAAAAAAGUCAGUCUGCACAACCACAUGGAGGUGCACGCGCUCAGCAACAAAGCUCCGUUUGAAUGCGAGACCUGCGGUAAGGAGUUCCACCAGCAGGCGGCGCUGUUCUCGCACCGUCUCCAGCACCACCACCAGGAGCAGAAAUCGCCCACGGCCAUCGCGUCGCCGCUUCCUCCCGCCGCGGCGAACAAGACGCACAAAUGCAAGUUUUGUGAUUAUGAGACUGCCGAGCAAGGGCUGCUCAAUCGCCACCUGCUGGCCGUGCACAGUAAGAGCUUCCCGCACAUUUGCGUGGAAUGCGGCAAGGGUUUCCGCCAUCCGUCGGAGCUAAAGAAACACAUGCGCACGCACACCGGCGAGAAGCCGUACUCGUGCAUGUACUGCGAUUACAAAUCGGCCGACUCGUCCAAUCUGAAGACGCACGUGAAGACGAAGCACAGCCGCGAGCUGCCGUUUCACUGCGAGCGCUGCGGCCAAACCUUCGGCGAGGAAGACGAGCUGACGCAGCACGCGGCUACACACGAGGACGCUCGGGGACACCAGUGCAGCCACUGCGAGCACCGCAGCUCCAACUCCAGCGACCUUAAGCGGCACGUCAUUUCCGUGCACACUAAAGACUACCCGCAUAAAUGCGCCGUCUGCGGGAAAGGCUUCCACCGGCCGUCCGAGCUUAAGAAACACUCGGCGUCGCAUAAAGCCAAGAAACUGCACCAGUGCCGCCACUGCAACUUCAAGAUCGCAGACCCGUUCGUUCUCAGCCGCCAUAUCUUAUCCGUUCACACUAAGGAACAGCAGCAGCAGCAGCCGUCACAGUCCCCGAGUCCGCCCUCGCAGGCGUCGCCUCCGCAAGCCCCGCCCACAGAAAAGCCCGCCCCCAAGAGGACUAUAAGUGCGGCGCAGUUAGCAGCGCCUGCUGUAAAGAAAUCCGGCGGCGCGAAGGGCCCGCGAGAACGGAGGGUGUAUCAAUGUCAAUAUUGCGACUACAGCACGGGAGAUGCGUCUGGCUUCAAAAGACACGUUAUUUCCAUCCAUACUAAGGACUAUCCGCAUCGCUGUCAGUACUGUUCGAAGGGCUUCCGGAGACCUUCGGAGAAAAACCAGCACAUUAUGAGGCACCAUAAAGACAUGGUGCCAGCAGAAUGAGCUCCUCCUCUUCCAUAAACACACUAAACAGCCAGCGAUUGGAAAUGUUGGCAACCUCUGUAUUGGGCUUCUUACCAAGACCCCUCACGCAUAGCAGUGUGUGUGUUGUGUUUGUAUGUGAGAGAAAAGGGUUUAGUGACACAGGCUGGAAGUGCUGUUUAUGAUCACAUGGUCUUCAGUCUUAAAGGAACAGUUCGGCCAAACCAAAAAAUUGUGUUGUCAUUUAUUCUUCUGUUGUUUUGU